CUUCUGCGUCCCAGCAUCACCAACCUCAUUCACCACGGCAUCCCAGCAUACUACCGCAACCAUGUCGCAAACGAUCAAAACCCCAUCUGCUUCCAGGGGCAAGACACCCGCUGCUUGGUCUGUGCGAUCGGAUUAUAAGGCUUACCGGAGUCCUUUCGGUCCUGCAUACAAAACUCAGAUGAAUUACCACGGCAUCACCUCCCGGACACUCAUGAAGUACGGCGUCCUCGCAGGCGGAUUCGGCGGCGUAGCCGGUAUCUUUGCGCUCUUCUUCUUCUCCGAGGUUCCGCGCGUGCGUAUUGAUAUCAUGCAGAAGAUUCCGGUUAUCGGGGAUUACUUUGUCAAAGAGAUUCCGCCGGAAGAUAACCCGUUCUAAAUAUCACGGUAUGGUCUGAUGUGGCAUACUCUGGAAUGGGAAGUGGGGUUUGGGAAUGGGAGUGUACUAUAGACGACUGAAAAUAUGCGUCCGCUGAGGACUGUAUAGUAUGCAGAAUAGACUUUCUUCAACUCGAA